UCAGUCUUGUACCUCAGAACCGACGUUCACUUCGACCGUGUGCUUACGCCAGCUCUGACAGUCUCCUUUUACGAACGACAUGAUAAAGUAACACAAUUUUUUUCACCUUACCGAUGAAAUACGUGGAGUGUCAAUAUAUAAAUACUUUAUUUAUAGAAAAUUUUACAAAUGGAUCCCAAAACAAACGAUUCUGUUGAGGAGCAACCCUUGAAAACUCAAGUAAAAAAUGAUUUCAAGAAAAUGUCGCUAUUAAAUAAGUUAAGAUUUAUGAGAUCCAAUGUAACCGUGGAACCGGUGCUGGCAUUGUUUGUGAUGCCAAGCGUUUUAGCUGUAAUGGCAACUCAAAAUCUAAAUCUAGAUAAAGCCUGCAGAGUUAAUCUAGAUUUUCCAGAUGAUGUGUGCACUAAUUUACGAUUGAGAAAGAGAGAAAAUAUUAGCUCUUACGAAGAUGAAGUUCAAAAGCUGAUAGCAUCAGUUCAAGCUUGGAAAAGUGUUAUCCAUACGGCUGUACCAACUCUAUUAAUGUUGUUUAUCGGUGCUUGGAGCGAUAAGACCGGGCGCCGGAAAAUUUGCAUGACAAUGCCUAUCAUCGGGGAAUUUAUUACUUGUGUUUUAAAUAUGGUGAACACAUAUUUUUUCUAUGAAGUCUCUGUGGAGUGGACUGUGUUCAUGGAGGUCAUAUUCCCAUCGCUCACUGGAGGCUGGUAUACUAUUUUACUUGGUACAUAUAGUUACUUGGGAGAUAUAACUUCAAAAAAUACAAGGACUUUUAGAUUGGGCAUAUUGAGUUUGUGCAUGACUGUCGGCUUUCCUAUGGGAAUGGGAUUUAGUGGUGUUUUAUUGAAGUACAUAGGAUAUUAUGGUGUAUUUUCCCUAUCCGCACUGCUUCAAUUUUUUAAUUUCUGCUAUGUCUCCUUCCGUAUUAAGGAUCACACUUGGUUGAAUAAAAAUGAAGAGGUAAAAAAGAGUGGUGUCAUUGGGUUCUUUAUAGAAUUCUUUGACAUCGAUAGCAUUAAGGAAACAUUCAAGAUAGCGUUCAGAAAAGGUCCGAAUAACAGAAGAUUACGAAUAUGUCUUAUCCUCGCCGUAGUUUGCUUGAGCUUUGGACCUAUGUGGGGUGAAAUGAGUAUAAUGUAUAUUUUUACUCGCUACCGAUUUAAUUGGGACGAAGUAAAAUACAGUAUUUUUUCCACUUACAAACUCAUCACACAUUCUAUAGGUACAAUAUUUGCGAUCAGUGUUUUCAGUAAAAGAUUAGGAGUUGACGAUUCUGUGUUGGGAAUUAUAUCUACUUCAAGUAAGAUGGCUGGGGCUUUAGUGACAGCUUUUGCAAGAAGCAAUUAUGAAAUUUAUGCUGCACCGCUUGUAGAAAUAUUAGAUGGAACAACGACAAUAGCACUUCGGUCAAUCGCUUCUAAGUUGGUUUCUCAUCAAGAAUUAGGCAAAGUAUUUUCACUUUUCGGUGUGGCCGAGACUAUGAUGCCUCUGAUUUUCGCUCCUCUAUAUUCUCGAGUGUAUAUACUGACGCUGCAUAUAUUGCCGGGAGCUGUCUUUCUAUUUACUGUACUAGCCACAGUGCCAGCUGUUGGUAUAUUUAUAUGGUUUUAUGGUCAGCACAAAAAAGAUUUAAGAAAGAAGAUAUUAGAAAUGCAACCGCCACAAGUACAUGAAGAAGCAAAAAGUUCUGACAGUACCACGGCAUAAACGAUAGGCUCCACUUGGCAAUAUCUUCUAUUCUAAAAAUAAGCAAAUAAAAUUAAGAACAAAA